UCCCGGCUCGCAGCAGGUGCCUGCGCCCUCGGCUUCCCCUCCGCCUCGUCCUAGCCAUGCUCCGCCCGGCGGCGCAGCGGCUGCGGGGCCUGGCGCUGCGGCGCGGCCCGCUGCGGGGCUGCCCCGGGCGCACGAGCUCCGGCGGCGGCCGGGAAGGAGAGGAAAAACCACCUUUAUCUACAGAAACAAAAUGGAAAGACAGAGCAGAAACAGUGAUAAUUGGAGGUGGCUGUAUUGGCGUGAGUCUGGCCUAUCACCUGGCUAAAGCAGGGAUGAAAGACGUGGUCCUGCUGGAGAAAUCGGAGCUCACAGCUGGAUCGACUUGGCACGCAGCAGGUUUAACAACUUACUUUCAUCCUGGAAUAAACUUGAAGAAAAUACAUUAUGAUAGCAUCAAACUGUAUGAGAAACUGGAAGAAGAAACUGGGCAGGUGGUGGGAUUCCAUCAGCCAGGUAGUAUCAGACUUGCUACAACUCCUGUGAGGGUAGAUGAAUUUAAAUAUCAAAUGACUCGGACUGGCUGGCAUGCAACAGAACAGUAUAUUAUUGAACCUGAAAAAAUUCAAGAAAUGUUCCCUUUACUCAACAUGAAUAAGAUUUUAGCUGGAUUGUAUAACCCUGGAGAUGGUCACAUUGAUCCUUAUUCUCUAACUAUGGCCCUGGCUGCUGGGGCUAGGAAAUAUGGUGCCCUUUUAAAAUAUCCUGCACCAGUGACUUCUCUGAAAUUCAGGUCAGAUGGAACAUGGGACAUUGAAACACCACAGGGAUCUAUGAGAGCAAAUAGAAUUGUGAAUGCUGCAGGAUUUUGGGCACGUGAAGUAGGUAAAAUGAUUGGACUAGAACAUCCUCUCAUUCCGGUUCAACAUCAGUACGUUGUUACAUCAACCAUACCCGAAGUGAAAGCUUUGAAACGAGAACUUCCUGUGAUCCGUGAUCUGGAAGGAUCAUUUUACCUCCGACAGGAAAGGGAUGGGAUUUUGUUUGGUCCAUAUGAAAGCCAGGAGAAAAUGAAACUUCUGGACUCCUGGGUCACCAAUGGAGUUCCUCCAGGUUUUGGACAGGAACUCUUUGAGUCUGAUCUAGACCGAAUCAUGGAGUACGUCGAAACUGCCAUGGAAAUGGUUCCGGUCUUAAAAAAAGCUGACAUCAUCAAUAUAGUCAAUGGCCCCAUCACCUAUUCUCCUGAUAUUCUGCCUAUGGUGGGGCCUCAUCAGGGGGUCAGAAACUACUGGGUGGCUGUAGGCUUUGGAUAUGGCAUAAUCCACGCUGGUGGGGUAGGGAAAUAUCUCAGUGACUGGAUCCUGCAUGGAGAACCUCCUUUUGACCUGAUAGAAUUAGAUCCUAAUCGCUAUGGCAAAUGGACGACAACUCAGUAUACUGAGGCCAAAGCAAGAGAAUCGUAUGGAUUCAACAAUGUUGUUGUUUAUCCUAAAGAAGAACGGUUUGCAGGUAGGCCGACUCAGCGAGUCAGUGGGCUUUACAAAAUCCUGGCGUCUAAGUGUUCCAUGGGGUUCCACUCGGGCUGGGAGCAACCACACUGGUUCUACAAGCCAGGCCAGGACACUCAGUACAGGCCAAGUUUUCGCCGCACAAACUGGUUUGAGCCGGUGGGCUCUGAAUAUAAACAGGUUAUGCAAAGAGUAGGGGUGAUUGACCUGUCCCCGUUUGGCAAGUUUAACAUCAAAGGCCAAGAUUCCAUUAGAUUGUUGGACCGUCUCUUUGCAAAUGUCAUUCCAAAGGUGGGUUUUACAAAUAUAAGUCACAUGUUAACACCAAAAGGUCAAGUAUAUGCUGAGUUGACUGUUUCUCACCAGUUUCCUGGGGAGUUUCUAUUAAUAACUGGUUCUGGAUCAGAACUUCAUGAUCUUAGAUGGAUCGAAGAAGAGGCGGUCAAAGGUGGAUAUGAUGUUGAAAUUAAAAACAUAACUGAUGAGCUUGGAGUCCUUGGAGUUGCAGGGCCACAUGCAAGAAAGGUCCUUCAGAAACUGACCUCUGAAGAUCUUAGUGAUGUUGUUUUCAAGUUUCUUCAAACCAAGUCCUUAAAGAUUUCCAACAUUCCUGUCACUGCUAUUAGGAUAUCUUACACUGGUGAGCUGGGUUGGGAGCUGUACCACAGACGAGAAGAUUCUGCAGCACUUUAUGACGUCAUCAUGAAUGCAGGCCAAGAGGAGGGAAUUGACAAUUUUGGAACAUAUGCCAUGAAUGUCUUAAGACUGGAGAAAGCUUUCAGAGCCUGGGGGUCAGAGAUGAACUGUGAUACAAAUCCCUUAGAAGCUGGACUGGAAUAUUUUGUAAAGUUAAAUAAGCCCGCAGACUUCAUAGGAAAGCAAGCACUGAAACAGAUUAAAGCCAAGGGGCUGAAACGAAGACUGGUCUGCCUCACCUUGGCAACAGAUGAUGUUGAUCCAGAGGGAAAUGAAAGCAUCUGGUACAAUGGCAAGGUGGUCGGCAACACAACAUCUGGAAGCUACAGUUACAGCAUCCAGAAAAGUCUGGCUUUUGCGUAUGUCCCUGUCGAACUAAGUGACGUGGGACAGCAAGUGGAGGUGGAACUAUUGGGCAAAAAUUACCCAGCAGUCAUCAUACAAGAACCCUUGGUAUUGACAGAGCCAGCCAGAAACCGGCUUCAGAAAAAAGGUGGAAAAGUCCCUUAGCAAUCAACUGAAUUAUAGUUGCUAUGUGACUGUAUUUGAAAUUAUUAUAAUUGGUUUUCAGGGGAAUAGAGGAAACCAAGAAUUCAUUUCAAAAUCAUCAUAAUCUAGAUUUAGAAUCUUAACAAAACCUCUGAUUUUCUAAGCAAGAUAAAAUAAUGGAUUAGUGACUUACAUUGUUCUUUCAAAUGAAGAAAUUUGAAAUGAAUGGUUUUUAUUACCCCAUAUUACUCAAUCAGCAAAACAUUUAGGUGUUUGCUAAUAUACAAUCAUUGUUGUAACUGAAUUUAAAGGACAUUAUCUAAUUUUAGUAAUAUAUGCAGAUGAUUCUUGAUAGCUGAAAACAAAUUAAUAAAUUAUCUUUUACAUAAAAACAAA